AUGCAAUACAAAAUUAAGACUUUUCGUAAAUAUAAUAUUGACAGAUCAGGUACAUUAUAAUAACAAUCAUAUUAGAUCUUUUUAAGAUUACUUAUCAAUCCCCUUAAGAGUUGAAACCAUCAACUUCUUGUGAAGUUAGACGCUAAUAAUAUAAUAAAAAAUUUACUACCGAAAUUGAAAAUGAAGAUGAUCCCCCAACCUAAAUAAUUGAUCUAUCCAAAUUACCAAAUGGAUAAUUUAAAGAUAGAAGUAAUAUAAAUAUAUAUAUAUCUAUUUUUCAGGAUACAUGCACACCGAUGAGACAUUCUUUGUUAAAAUGGGAGGUAAAAAUAGGGAUCUAAUUGCAGAAAAACUAAGAUCUAAAUAAACAGAUAGAUAGAGUCCAUUCAAAUUUAAAGGUACUUUUAAUAAAAUUGUUAAUUUAGUUAGAAAAUCCAUUUUUCAAUCAAAAUUUCAUCAAACAAACCCUUAAAUUACAAAAAAAUAGUUCUCCUAUUUCAUCUAAAACUAUUCGAACAUCACAAACUAAACUCUCAUUUCUCUAAAUAAUUGAUAUCAAACCAGUCACUAUUAAAGAAUAAUAAUUAAGAAGAGCCUCCUCAUUUACAUCGGCAAAACAAAAGUUAUUUAAGAUUCUAACUGAAAAAUCAUGA